GCGGGCACCCGGAAGGGCCGGCGGCGCGAGGCGGCUGCCGCCAUGGGCCUCUUCGGCAAGACCCCCGAGAAGCCGCCCAAGGAGAUGGUCAAUGAGUGGUCCCUGAAGAUAAGGAAAGAAAUGAGAGUGAUUGACAGACAGAUCAGAGACAUCCAGAGGGAGGAGGAGAAGGUGAAGAGGUCGAUCAAGGAGGCGGCCAGGAAGGGACAGAGGGAGGCCUGCGUGAUCCUGGCCAAGGAGCUGCUGCGCUCCCGCCGCGCCGUCGCCAAGCUCUACGCCUCCAGGGCUCACAUGAACUCGGUGCUCAUGGGCAUGAAGAACCAGCUGGCUGUCCUGAGAGUGGCAGGGUCCUUGCAGAAGAGCACAGAAGUCAUGAAGGCUAUGCAAAACCUGGUCAAAAUCCCCGAGAUCCAAGCAACGAUGAGGGAGCUGUCCAAGGAGAUGAUGAAGGCUGGGAUUAUAGAGGAGAUGCUGGAGGACACCUUUGAAGGCCUGGAGGAUCAGGAGGAAAUGGAAGAGGAAGCUGAAAUGGAAAUUGACAAAAUCCUGUUUGAAAUCACAGCUGGGGCCCUGGGCAAAGCCCCCAGCAAGGUGACAGACGCCCUGCCCGAGCCUGAGCCCGAGGGGGCGGCGGCGGCAGCGCUGGACGAGGAGGACGACAUCGAGGCGAUGCAGUCGCGGCUGGCCACGCUGCGCAGCUGAGGCC